AUGCUUCCUUCAAUUAGAGCAGCAUCUCUGCUCGGUCUCCCUUCAUCUUUGCGUCCAUUCUUCCUGUCACGACUCUACGCAACACAUACAGGUUUAGGUACCACAAGUGCCUCGUCGCAACCAAAAAGAAAGGCCGUCACUACCUUCAACGACGAUGGCAGAGUUCCUUGGCGUGACUUGUCGCGGCGGGAAAAGGUUGCCAGAACUACGCAACAAACGUUCAAUCUUGGUACUGUCCUUGUCGGCACAGUAUUGACGGGAGGCGUCAUCUAUCUUCUCUACACAGAAGUAUUUGCGCCCGAGAGUAAAACCAACCAAUUCAACAGGGCCGCCGAUCAAGUCAAGAAGGACCCGCGAUGUAUAGAAAUACUGGGCGAUGGAAAGAAGAUAAGAGCAUAUGGCGAGCCAACAGCGAGCAAAUGGGCAAGAGCUGGGCCUAUUGCAUCCAAUAUUUCGAAGGAUCGUAGAGGGGUGGAACAUCUGGUUAUGCAUUUCAACGUCGAGGGUCCGCUCAAUCAAGGUGUGGUGAACCUACAUAUGGUCAAGCGACCGUCUGAGAGCAAAUUUGUAUACAAGUACUUAUUCUUGGACGUGAAAGGGCAUCAAAGAAUUUAUCUUGAAAACGAAAAUUCAACGAAUAAUGGGCCAGGGAAAGGCAAAUUCUUGGGGGUCACUUGGCGAUGA